GCUAAACCUUACUCCUCUCUUUCCCUUCUGAUCGAAUUAGCGUGCCAACAGGAUACAGGGGCUCUUCAAAAAAGCAGUUCAGGAGGUUUUUCUGCUCCUGUGUUUCAUUUUUAAAGGAUUUCUGGAGUUUAUUUCAGCUCUAGGACGCGGUGCUUCCGCCGAGGGCCUGCGCCAAAAGGAUUUGGGUCGUCCUGUGACGGAGGACGAGUUUCUCCCUUUUUUUUUCCCCCCCUGGAUAAGCGGCAAGGGAGGAGGUGAAGAUGCCGAAACCGAUCAAUGUACGGGUGACUACGAUGGACGCCGAGCUGGAGUUCGCCAUCCAGCCCAACACCACAGGCAAACAGCUCUUUGACCAGGUGGUGAAGACUGUGGGGCUGCGUGAAGUCUGGUUUUUCGGGUUGCAGUACACGGACAGUAAGGGUUACACCACGUGGCUGAAGCUCAAUAAGAAGGUGACUCAGCAGGAUGUGAAGAAGGAGAACCCGCUCCAGUUCAAGUUCAGAGCAAAGUUUUUCCCAGAGGAUGUUUCCGAAGAGCUGAUCCAGGAGAUCACACAGCGCCUUUUCUUUCUUCAGGUGAAGGAGUCCAUUUUGAACGAUGAGAAUUAUUGUCCUCCUGAGACCGCAGUGCUUCUGGCGUCCUACUCCGUCCAGGCCAAAUACGCCGACUACAACAAGGACAUCCACAAGCCUGGCUAUCUUGCCAAUGACAGGCUUCUGCCACAGAGAGUUCUAGAGCAACACAAACUGACUAAAGAACAGUGGGAGGAAAGGAUACAGACUUGGCAUGAGGAGCAUAGAGGCAUGCUCAGAGAGGACUCCAUGAUGGAGUAUCUGAAAAUCGCUCAGGAUCUAGAGAUGUACGGCGUCAACUACUUUGAGAUCAAGAAUAAAAAGGGGACCGAGCUGUGGCUGGGAGUGGAUGCUCUGGGUCUCAACAUUUACGAACACGAAGACAAGCUUACACCAAAGAUUGGCUUUCCAUGGAGCGAAAUCCGUAACAUUUCCUUCAACGACAAGAAAUUUGUCAUCAAGCCCAUCGAUAAGAAAGCACCAGAUUUCGUGUUCUACGCACCACGGUUGCGGAUCAAUAAACGGAUCCUGGCUCUGUGCAUGGGUAACCACGAGCUUUAUAUGAGGAGGAGAAAGCCAGAUACCAUUGAGGUGCAGCAGAUGAAGGCCCAAGCCAGAGAGGAAAAACACCAGAAACAAAUGGAGAGGGCUCAGCUUGAAAACGAAAAGAAGAAGCGUGAGCUUGCAGAAAAGGAGAAGGAAAGAAUAGAGCGUGAGAAGGAUGAGCUGAUCGAGCGACUGCGACAGAUUGAAGAGCAAACGGCGAGAGCACAGAGAGAGCUGGAAGAACAGACACGUCGGGCUCUAGAACUGGACCAGGAAAGGCAGAGGGCAAGAGAAGAGGCUGAGAGACUGGAGAGAGAGAAACUGGCAGCCGAGGAGGCCCGAGCAGCGCUGGCCAAACAAGCAGCAGAUCAGAUGAAGAACCAGGAACAACUGGCUGCAGAACUGGGUGAGUUCACCGCCAAAAUCGCCCUGCUGGAGGAGGCCAAGAGAAAAAAGGAAGAUGAGGCAAAUGAAUGGCAGCACAAAGCUAUUUCAGCUCAGGAGGAUCUGGAGAAGACCAAAGAAGAGCUGAAGACCGUGAUGACCGUGGCAGUACCAGCAGGCAGCUCAGCAGAGAACGAGCACGAUGAGCACGACGAGAGCAGCGCCGAGGCCAGCGCCGAGCUCUCCAACGACGGCGUGGCGUAUCCACACACCGAGGAAGACCGUCUCACCGAAGCCCAGAAAAACGACCGUGUCAAGAAGCAGCUCCAAGCCCUGAGCUCAGAGUUGGCGCAGGCACGGGACGACUCGAAGAAGACGCAGAACGACAUGCUGCAUGCGGAGAACGUCAAGGCCGGCCGUGACAAGUACAAGACACUGCGCCAGAUCCGGCAGGGAAACACCAAGCAGCGAAUCGAUGAGUUCGAGUCCAUGUGAGGAGCGCUGACCCCUGGACCCUGACCCCCCCCACGACCCCACCCCGCCCACUUUCCAGCCCCACUCUCAAAGCUGCAGCCCUGAUGCCUUGGCAGCUGGCUUAUAAGCACAGCUUUCAUUCUUUGGGUUUUUUUUUUUCUUCACCAGCCCGUCCCACCAUAUGACCUUUAACCCAUGGCGCUUGAUAUAAUUCUACUCUGCAGAGAGGCUAGAGGGACGUGGUCGCCACCUUCCCCUCACGCUUUGCCAAAGCUCUCAUCGUCAGCCAAUCAGGCUGCUUGUUUUCAAGCUCCUCCCACUCGAUUCAUCCAUUUAGGAGCAAGCUUUGUAUCAUAUCUUUAUGAACAUUUCAAAUAUUUUUUUUUCUUUAAAUGAUAGAGAUACUAAAAUGGAAAUGUCAUUUUAGAGAGAGAUAUAUAUAAAAAAAAGGAAAUGGCAAAAAGAGAUCAAAAUUUAUUGAAAUGGCCAUUCAUUCUUUGUGUUCAUUUAUUAGAGAGUUUGCCCGCUUUAUACACUUUAUUCGCUGUCUUGAUUUACAACGAGCUCAAAGUAUCUAAUAAGUUUCUUUAGUUCCUCGCCUGUUCUAUUAACACGCUGCUUUUAAUUUCUGCUGUUAGCAAGUUUCAACAUCGGACGGCGGGUCUCGUUUGGGAUUUUCACCUCCACAUAACCCCCCCCCCCCCCCAGCAAGCACAUGAAAAUAAUCUCAUAACGAGUGCAAAAACAAACCUGUUAAAUAUCGAAUAAUUCAGUAAGAAUCAAAUAACCAAAACUACGGAUCACCAAAGGGAAGCUGUUGUCUGUGUCUGCAUCGUGUGAAAGAUUCGAACGGGGAAAGGUCGUUUAAGAUGACGAGCGCUGGUUUGCGAGUGGAAUGGGAGUCGGUGUAAGCCGUGUCGGGACGUUUCACAGUCUGGUGUUUGUUUUUCUUUUUGUUCCGUCCUCAGACUCGCAGUGUUUCAUGUCCAGUCUCCAUACGGAUGGUUUUCCCUGCCUGCCGGCUCACAAAGGCCCUGUCAGAUAGGCAGACAGAGCAGCUGCUUCAGUGUGGAAGAUGAAGUGUGUGCAGAUCUGUCUACCUCUCUGAGUGUGUGUGUGUGUGUAUGUGUGUGUGUGUGUGUGUGUGAGAGAGAAUCGCGAAAGCCUUUCUGGCCGGGGAGCAUAUGAAAACAUCAGUCCUGGCAUCAGGACAGCUCUCUACCUCAUUAAUGUAAAGCGUGGAGACUGAAUUGUCAAACACUGAGUGUGCUGAGAGACAGGAAAGACCGGUGAGAAGGUUUUCUGCUCUCGGUGUAGCGUUAAUGUCAUCUCGCUGUGUGUGUGUUAGUCUCAGUAUGAAUUCAGAGCUCAGUAUUAUGUCCAGAUCCAGAUUAAGUAGUGUCAUUCACCGCCUUCACCACGUGACCUGUAGAGCUAACGACGUCCGAUACCAAAGCCGUCCCGACGCGGAAACUGUGCCGAGUUCAGAGUAGCACAUCGCCGUGGUCAUGUGUAGCAGACUCGAACCCGUGAUCGUCUUCGUUUCCUCCUCCUUUUACUUCACAAGACACGGUUUUGCGCGUAUUUGAUUAUAAAAGAUGAUUUGGAAGGGUGUGAGUUUGUCAUGUUUUUCCUCUCUGUGCUUUCCUGCAGUGAGAUUAAAGCAAAUGAAGACCGGUAGGAAAUUUAUACAUGGAAGACGAUCCAUCUCCCGCGUUAUUCCUAGAGUCAUUCAUGUAGUUCUACUUCCUUGACCGUAUCUGUUACAUGCUCAUCUUGUGUCAAGAGAAAGCAGACCACUAAAACAUUUCUUGUUCACUUUUCCGCCACGUCUACACCAACCCUUUAUACAAUGUUCUAAAAUAAUUACUUGAUUUAAAAAUGAAGGAGUAUUUAGUGUAAUAAUCUGGAUUAUUAUUAUUAUUUUUUUUCAUUUUAUAUCUUUCAAUGUGAAUUGUUUAAUUUUACACUAGUGAAGGCAGAAAAGGUCAAAAAGCACUUGUUUUGGUGGUUGAGACACUAAAAGUUCAAACAAACCCAGCAUCUUGGUGUCCAGGAAUUGCCAUAGAAAGAGAAAAUUCUGUGCUUCCAAAAAAAAUAAUUUUUUUAUUGCUUUAUAAAUUUGAACCACCGGAGUUAGCACACUAGCUUUCACUGAAGGGGGAAGGGUUGCUACCUUAAUGCCACGAUGGUGUAACGUUGUUGCUUUGAGUUAUUAUUUUUUUUGUUUUGUUUGGAGUCAGGUGGAUUUUGGCCUGCUGGCAUUGGAGUGAUUUUGGGAGAAAAACAACCAGAGCAAAGCUGCCACUGCUGCUUCUGGAACCAGCUGUCAUGUUUGCAGUUUGUUUGUUUGUUUGUUUAUUUUUCGUUCCCCCCUUUUUAUGUUUAUAUAGCUUUCUGUUACAUAGAAAUCACAGUCGAGCUUUGUCCAUGAUUACAUAUGUUAAAAAAAAAUAAUAAUAAUAAAGAUGAAAUGUGUA